AUGGCAGUUCAAGUUUCUCUUUCCCUAGGCCUCUUAGUCUUGCUGAAUUUCUUGUUCUUUAGAGAGAUUUCUACUGCACAAGCACCAAUUCAUAAUAUAGCUGUUCCAUUCAACCGUUGCACUUUUCCACCUAAUUUUAUAUUUGGUACUGCUUCUUCUGCCUAUCAGUACGAAGGAGCAGCAUUCGAAGAUGGAAAAGGACCAAGUAUAUGUGAUACUUUCACCCACAAAUAUCCAGAGAAAGCGAUAGAUCGCAGCAAUGGAGAUGUAGCAGAUGAUUUCUAUCAUCUUUACAAGGAAGAUGUACAAUUAAUGAAAUACAUAGGCUUAAAUGGUUUCAGAUUUUCCAUCUCGUGGUCCAGAGUAUUGCCUCAUGGAAAGCUAAGCAAAGGAGUGAACAAGCUAGGCAUAGCCUUUUACAACAAUCUCAUCAAUGAUUUAAUAUCAAAGGGCAUAACACCUUUUGUGACACUCUUUCAUUGGGAUCCUCCUCAAGCCCUAGAAGAUGAAUAUGGCGGCUUUCUAAACAUUAGUAUAGUGGAUGAUUUUCGAGAUUUCGCAGAGCUUUGUUUCAAAGAAUUUGGUGACAGAGUAAAGUAUUGGAGCACAUUCAACGAGCCAUGGACAUUUUCCACAGGUGGUUAUGACUCUACCACCUUUAUAGGUUCAUUAGCCCCUGGACGAUGUUCGGCAUGGAUGAACAAAGGAUGCCCUGCUGGGGAUUCUUCGACUGAGCCUUAUUUGGUUGCCCACCACAUCAUCCUUAGCCAUGCAGCAGCAGCUAAACUAUACAGGGAGAAAUACAAGCCAUCUCAAAAGGGGCAAAUAGGAAUAGUGCUUGUAACUAAUUGGAUGUUGCCUUAUUCCAAUGCCAAGUCUGAUGCAAUAGCUGCCCAACGAGUCCUAGACUUUUUCCUGGGAUGGUUUCUAGAUCCACUAACUUCUGGUGACUAUCCAAAAAGCAUGCGUGACAAACUAGGGGGACGCUUACCAAAGUUCACUCAACAGCAAUCAAAGUUAAUCAGGGGCUCCUUAGAUUUCUUGGGAUUGAACUACUAUAGUUCAAGUUAUGCUGAGGAUAUUUCCCAUGCUACUACCGUUAAUAUUAGCUACACAUCAGACUUUCAAGUUAAUAUAACAUCAAUACGAAACGGCAAGCCUAUUGGUGCGCCGACAGGAGCAGGGUUUUUAUAUGUUUAUCCAAAAGGGCUUACUGAGAUUCUUGUCUAUUUGAAGAAAAACUACCACAAUCCAACAAUCUAUAUUACUGAGAAUGGACUUGCUGAAACCAAUAUCAAUAGUAUUGAGCAAGCGAUCCAUGAUACAAAUAGGAUAAAAUUCUACAGUGGUCAUUUCAAGGCCUUGAAGGCAGCCAUUGAGAAGGGCGUGGAUGUGAGAGGAUUCUUCGCAUGGACGUUUUUAGACACUUAUGAAUGGGGCUCAGGUUACACAAUGAAGUUUGGCAUCACUUAUGUUGACUUCAAGAAUAAACUCAAGAGGUACCCCAAGCAUUCAGCCCUUUGGUUGAAGCAAUUCCUCAAGUAACACAGAUCGCUUAUGCUUUGUGAGAUGAUUGUGUGUGUAUAUAUAUAUA